CGCAUACGGCUCGCCGUACCCGCAACCGCCUCAGCCAGGCUCGUUCGCUCCUCCCGGAGCACCUCCUCCUCAGCAGCAGUACGCUCCGCCGCCUCAGGCGCCGGCGCCCCAGCAGUACUACGCUCCGCCACCUCAAGCGUCUGCUCCUCAACAGCCUGCCCGCUCAUCGUUCGACCCGACUCGCGACGUCGCAACCAUCCUGCGCAUCCUCGAGGACGGCGUCAAGGACCAGCAGAACCUCUCCCACUUCUACCCGCCGGGCUCGCUGCAACCGGUCGCGCAGCGCAUUGCCCAGAGCGGCGCCAUCGGCGUCCUCGCCCAGGCGUGGCAGCUCCCGCUCGAGGUCGCCAUGGACCUCGCCCGCAUGGCCUUGUUCGACGUGUCCAUCUUGGCCGACGACUCGGCGUCGAUGUCUUUCGCCGAGAACGGCUCCCGCAUCGACGACCUGCGUCUCGUCCUGUCAAAGGUGUCGCACGCUGCAGCCCUCUUUGACGACGAUGGUAUCGAGAUCCGGUUCCUCAACAGCAAGAAGGAGGGCAACGCCAUCAAGAGCGAGGCGCAGGCGAUCGACCUCCUGUCCAAGAUCAAGUUCAACCGCGCCACCCCUCUCGGCUCGUCGCUCCGGAGCAAGAUCCUCGAGCCGCUCGUGUACAAGAAGGUCAAGAAGCACGCGCUCAAGAAGCCGCUCCUCAUCGUCGUCAUCACGGACGGCGAGCCGACGGGCGAGCCCCGCGACACGAUCGUCAAGGCCAUCGUCGAGGCGCGCCAGAUCCUCGCCAAGACGCCCUACACGCCCGACGCCGUCUCGUUUCAGCUCGCCCAAGUCGGCAACGACCAGGAUGCGCGCGCAUUCCUCGAGUUUAUCGACAGGCACCCGCAGGUCGGCUCGCUCGUCGACUGCACGAGCAACUACGAGGUCGAGUGCGACGACAUGAGCAAAGCCACCCCUCCCGUCAACCUUACCCCAACCCUUUGGCUGGCCAAGCUUCUCCUUGGCCCGAUCCACUCCGACUACGACGCAGCGGACGAGUAAAGCCUUUCGAAUCGCCGCGAACGCCCCUGUACCACUUGAACGAGUCGUCGUGCCCCGCCGUGUCGUGCAAUCUCUAUCUCCUGUCUUUCCUUG